GACCAAAUUGGUUUAAUGAAAUCAGCGAAAAAAUAUAUUGCAACAGAUUUAAAUAGUAUAAUUCUCGAAAAUGUCGAAUUUUAUACUAUAGACAACACAGACUAUUUCGAACUAAAAAAAUCUUUUGCAGAGGAUGUCGGCCCAUUACAGAUGAACUUUUCGAGCCAUCUGUACAGGCAAUUCAUGAAAAAAAUGACCUCACAAACCACAACAGUCACAGACAGAAAAGAGGAGGGUGAAACUACACCCUCUCUUCCGUUAAAACAAGCAAAAAUACAUGUUGAAAUCAUGGCGGAGAAAGAUUUUGAGAAUGUUCAGAGGAUGUGUCCAGAAACCCCCUUGGAUGGAAAUCAACUGGAAGUGGAAAGAAUUGAGGAAAUAAACAGUGUUCAAGUGAAAAACGUUUCUUCAAAUGUCAGCUCUGAGAUUCUUAAAAGCUAUUUUGGAGACAGAGAAAGAAGUUCUGGUGGAGAAAUUUCUUCAGUUCAAAAACAAACCUCUGAUACUUACAUUGUAAGUUUUAAAGAGGCGUAUGGACGAUAAAAUUAACUCGCAAGU